AUGGCCAACAAAAGAAGGGCUAAAAAGAUCCGUCCCCCGUACCGAAAAUAUGUGUAUCGGCUGAGUUUCACGGCGAAGGACUCGGAUGAAGAAGAAGAGGAACAGACCCCCACGCCUAGUGGGUUUGCUUCCUGGGAGGACUUUCUGAGGAAGACGAACGGGAACAUCAGCGAGGUUUUCGUUUUGACCGAGGACAAGCGACCCCAGGGCAAGGUGUGGCCUCGGCUGCAGUUUGAAAAAGUCGAUGUGCUUUUUUGGUGCUUGUACAGCAGUUCUGACGAGUACAGACAAGGAGUCAAGGAAGCGGAAGCCAAGAAGGAAGCGGAAUCCAGACGAGCUGGGCUUUCGCUACCGGUGGAGAUCAUCGUGCACAUCUUGGAGAUUCUCUUGUACCAGAACAGAUUGAAGCCUCGGUUUCUCCGCUUGCUGAAGCUUUUCUAUGCCAUCACCUUGCCGUUGGUGUAUAGACGGCCUGUGCUCAACGGAAACAACUUUUUCCAGUUUGUCGACACGAUUUCUGGGAAAAACACCAUCGGCAGCUAUAUUCGAGAUUUGGACUUGUCGUCGGUGAACCAGCUGGGCAAGAACGCCUUUGUGGCUAAACUCCUCAAACGGUCUCGGCCCUUUCUUGAAGCCUUCACAGCGCCACAGACCAGUUUUGGCCUCGGCCCGCUAAUAGCGCUACGGAGCUGUGAACACUUGCGUAUUUUGGACCUCCGCUUGGUCUCCGAAACGCUCAAUCUCGAAGAACUCUUCCACUCGAUCCGCGACCUCAAACAGCUCACCCACCUUCUGUUCCCAAGGUCGUCCUUGGAAAUCGAAAACUACUCAAGCAUCAGCUGGCCUCCCAAGCUUGAGUUUCUCCGGGUCUCGGGCGGCAUCUCCGACGACUUUCUCAUCCAGUCGGAUUUCCCGCUGUCCAUCAAACACAUGGAGUUUGCUCAUUGCCCCAAAGUGGCCCACCUGGGUUUCCAGCAUCUCCUUAUGAAACUCGGCGGAAACCUCAAGUCGCUCCGCAUCCAGUUCCCCAUGCCUGGCCUCCAGGCCAAUUCUCUCGAUACCGUUUUUAUUUAUUGUCCCAACUUGCAGACCCUCGAGGUGACAGUUGACUAUCUUCUGCAGAGCUUUUUCGACGACGAGUUGUUGCCUCCCCUUACAUUCAAAAGACCCUUGCGGCGUCUCUUCAUCAGCAGCAGCGGCAUGCUCGGCACUAACGACAAGGUGGACCCUGUGGACUUGGCGUUGGCGCUUUCCGAAGAGCGUUUACCUAAUUUACGGUUUGUGCGGUUAACGGCCAAGCUCGGCUGGGACCCGGGAUCCGAGUAUGUUUCUUUUAUAGCGCUGGAGCUUGAAGAGCGCCAGGGUGGACUCUACAUAGGUUACUAG